AUGAGCCAUGUCUCCGGGCAUGACGCCGUAUCCAGUCUCUUGACCCUCGUCAUCACCACCUCGCCGACGCCUUCGGUCCCUUCGACCGGGCUGCUCUCGGCCGUGCUCGAGUCCUUCCAGACGCACUGCGAGGCGCUGCUCCAGUGCCCCGUCGUCGUCGUCCUGGACACGUACGAGCAGGUCACAGCCACGCCGCGGUUGAAAAAGGGCUACGUCACGCCAGAGACGGCGCAAAAGUACAGCACCUACAAGGAACAUGUCAAGACACUCUUCCUAGAGACGUUUGCUAAGAGCGCCACGCCCACGACGGCACUGCUCGGGACGGCGAGCGAGGCCGAGUACGGCGCGCCACACCCCAACACGCCUCCCAUCCCAUUGACCAUCUCCUCGACGGAAGACGGCCGCGUGCGCUUCAUCGAGGCGCACGGCCGGCGUCUUGGCUUCGGCCUCGCCGUUCGCAGCGCCCUGCGCGCCGUCCGCACGCCGUACGUCUGGAUCCACCAGCAUGACUGGAGUCUCGUCCGCGACAUUCCCGUCGCCGCCCUGCUCGGCGCCAUGCAAGCCUCGGCCGCCUCGAGCGCCGAUGCCCGCCCCAUCAAGUACAUUUGCCUGCCCUCCGGCCGCCGCUCCUCGUACGCCAUAUCGGAGCAGGUCAUGCCGUACCCGGCGCUCCGCCAAGCCUCCCUGGCGCUCACCGGCGCCUACCCCGCGGGCCCCGACGUGCCGCCCGUGCCGCUGACGCCCAUGUUCUUCUGGCACGACAAGCCGCACGUGGCCGCGACGGCGCACUACCUGGCGCGCGUCUUUCCGUCGCGGCUGGCCAUGAUGCGCGGCGCCUUCAUCGAGGACACGGUCGGCCAGGACGCGCGCAACCAGAUGAAGGACGGCCAGUGGCGGGCGUGGGCCACGUGGCUGUACCAUCCCGAUGAAGGGGCGACUUCGUGUUUGCGCCACCUGCACGGCCGGACGUGGAGAGGCGAGGAGGAGGAGGCCCGGCGCCGGACGCUGGCGGUGCGGCUGGGCAUGGAGAGGAAGAAGAGGGGCAGGGGUAAUGGCAGCGCAUCUACGCUGUCGAGUAGUAUGUGA